GAGAAGUGGCAUCGCCUCCGCUAGCCAGCACGGCUCGUGAAUGCAAUUCCGUGGCAGCGAAGGCGCUGGAGCACGGCUGUAAGGAGCGCACAGCGAACCCUGCUGAGCUCACGGCGCUCGCCGCGGCAGCGGGACGAGCAGCCCCCGGUCUCCCGAAUGGAAAGCUUUCCCCGUGUGCCUGCCAUGAUAAAUCAGCUGCCGUUCUCCUGAAUAACAGCAUUCACUGAAGUUACAGUAGGAAACUUGUCUGGGUGGACACUGUGCCAUUGCUCUGCGGAGAGCGGCCGGUGCCGAUCGCUGGCCUUGCGCUGAAAUAUCGCAUUGAUUGCCGCUCCGCAGCUCGGCUGGCAGCGCCGGGCUAUUGCAGCCGGGAGGAACAGGGCGAGCACCGGGAGAAGAGGCGCCGGGGAAAAAGGCAGGGUUGGACCGUCUCGCCGAUCUCUCCGGGAAUAAGAAGCACGCUGGAUGUGUUAGAUGCUGGAAGCACCGGAGGAAGCUGGCACGUCCCUGGGAGGAUUUGCAGGCUAAACUUGGCCGGGGGCUCGCUAUCGGCAGCCAGGCGCUCGCAGGCAAAGCGGUAGAGGGAAAAGCAUCCUGUGCUCCCCCAGCCACACAGUGAGAAGCAGUGCGUGUCACCCCUGUGCAAGACCGAGCUGGGAAUAAAAGGAGAACAAUGCAUUUCCUGGCUUGGUUCAAUUUGCUGCUUCUCCUUCCUUGUUUUGGUACCACAAAAACCUGCUUCCCUGGCUGCCACUGUGAAGUGGAAACCUUUGGUCUCUUUGACAGCUUUAGCUUGACCAAGGUGGACUGCAGUGGAAUAGGCUCACACAUUGUUCCUGUCCCAAUCCCUCUGGAUACCUCCUACUUGGAUCUAUCAUCAAACAAACUGGAAACAAUAAAUGAAUCGAUGCUUACUGGCCCUGGAUACACCACCCUGGUGAGUCUUGACCUGAGCUACAACAAAAUUGCCAAGAUUUCCUCCACAACAUUCUCCAGGCUUCGGUACCUGGAGUCCUUGGAUCUGAGUCAUAACUCUCUGGAAGUCCUUCCGGAGGACUGUUUCUCCAGUUCUCCUCUAAGUGACAUAGAUUUGAGCAAUAACAAACUUUUGGAUAUAGCUAUGGACAUUUUUGCUUCAAAAGGUCAAGGCAAAUCCCUCAAUGUGGAUCUAUCCAAUAAUAUGCUCAGCACAAUUACAAGGCACCAUGAAAAGAGCAUUCCAAACAUCCAGAACUUAAAUCUUUCUGGAAACAGGCUAACAUUUGUACCAAACCUCCAAGGCAUUCCUCUCCGAUAUUUAAAUCUCGAUGGAAACCCUCUGGUUAAGAUUGAGAAAGGAGACUUCAUGGGGCUGAAAGACUUGAUUCAUUUAUCCCUCAGUGGCCUGCAUGGUUUUAGAGAGCUAUCUCCUCAUAGCUUCAAGGAACUCCAGGCUCUCCAGGUUCUGGAUUUAUCCAACAAUCCCAACUUGAAGUCGCUGACUGCUGAAGUUAUCUUUGGUCUGAACUCCCUACAAGAGCUCAACCUGUCUGGGACAGGCAUAACAUCCUUGCCAAAGACUCUGCUGAAAUACCUGCCUUCCAUCAAAAGCAUCACCUUAGGGAAGGACAUUCAGUGUCUUAAGACCAUCAAAGAAGGACAGUACCACCGACAAAUUGGGCUGACCAAAAAGGAAGUCCUCAGUUGCUAUGACAGCCAUGGAUCCGUAGCAGCAGCACCUUAUGUUUCGUGAUGAAAGCUGGGGAGAAGGAGGAGCGGGGCAGGGAGGGUGGGGGGCCAUGGGACUUGUACAGGUGUCGGACUGAGAUGGCUUGCAGUGUGCCUUUUGUAAAACUGUCAAUAAUUUAUAUAUUUGUAUUUGCCAAUAGUUGACUGUUUGUGGAUUUUAUAAACUCUCAAAUCUCAGCCUGCGUUAUCUGCAGGAUCCAGAUUUUACCCGGUGCAUUGAGGUCCUCACUCAUCCUGUUGGCUCAAGAGCAGUUUUCCACAAAAACUGGAAUGCGUGUAGCCCUUCAAAGUAUCAAAAAAAAAAGAUGCAGGGACAAGUUGCUCUGCAGGUCCCAGGGCAGAACAGUCUGUCUGGAGCAAAUGCUUCGUGCCUCAGACACAUUUGUAGGAGCAAAGCUACACCUCUGGAGAGCACACACCAAAAUGUAUCAGCUCUGUAGCUGCUUGCUUACAAACCCAUGCAUCAUCCUUCUUUUAAUUAUUACUCUCCAAAAUGUGCCUUCUGGAUGCUGCCUUCAUUAGCAGCACCCUGUUUUCUGUCAUGCACUUUCAGUCUUGAAGAAACAUUUCCAGACAAACCUGAAUACAGGGUGCACCCGGUGUGCUGGGUUUUACAUGUUAUUUGCAUAGCUGUGCAAUGAACACUGAGUAAGUCGAGACAUUUUCCCACCCGUUUCUCCUUGUUUUCCCACCUUGAUCCUUUUCAUGUCUAAUUAACUUAGGUCUGGCUUUGGCAGCCUCCCGUCUUCUCAACCUCGGUGAGUAGCCUCCGAUGAGAGAGACUGCAAAGGGAAGAGGUCAUGUAGGCUAGCUCAAAAAAAAAAAAAAAAAGGAAAAUAAUCCCUCUGCCCUUUCUUGGGAAGCUUGGAAGGAAACUCUAACAGGGAUUUUCUUGAUGACCUUAUCAAACCAAGAUGAAGUCCUAGAGGAUAUGAGAGUAGGUUGUUUCCAGGCUGACAUUCCCCAUCUGAACGCAACAUCUGCAGCUCAUCUGGGCAUAUGUGAGGCAACUUGCAGUGCCAAAACACUUCUGAGAACAUGCCAGGGGAAGAAUUAACACUGAUGCAUGUGGCCCUGGAGCACUUUGCUUAUCAGAGAAAAGAUCUUUGGGGUUUUUUUCCAGAGUUGUGGCUUUUCUUUUUCUCACACAGCUCUUUGGUUGCCAAGUGAACCUGAUAAACAGAAAUCUCAUGAAAAGCCUGGUCCUCCAAGUUUUACUCAUUUAUUUCCUUCCAUUGCUGAAAUGCUGGCAAAGGAAAACCCCUCUGGACCCUCUUUUUCUCCAGUCUCAGAGGAAGUGGGAGAAGGCAACACAGCAUGACUCAAUACCAUGUGUGAAGCCUUCAACUUGCUUGUAGGAGCAAUGGAGGUGACUGCUGAGGUCUGGUCCACAUCUGGCAUGCUCUGUCUGGGGGGAUGGGAUGUUGUGGAUGGGGGUCCUGCCCAAGCUGAUCUGCAGUUUGGUCUCUAAACCCAGCCCUGCAUCAGGGCCAGUUUUAAUGUUUGAGUUAGGGAGAUCCAUUUAAAGGUGAUGCAGAUAUAAACUCAUCUCACAGCUGUCUUUGAGAGUGUUGGAAGAAGCUCAGGUUUUGUCCUCAUACCCCUAAAAGUCUUGGAAAGUGGAAACCCUGUUGCCCAAACCUGCAGACUCCAUAAAAGUCAGAGUCAACACCUAACUUUGGAUACUGAAACUUGGUACUCCCAUAUUUCCAUCUAUCUACAUUUCAAUAAUUUGUUUGGGCAACUUAGGGUGGGAUUUUUAACCCUUCCAUCAGUUUCGGGGAUUUUUCCCCCUAUACUGAGCCGUUGCAAUGUUUGACCAGCCUUCACAAUCAUAGGAAACAUACUGAUUUUCUUAAAAAGGCAAUGGGGCUGCCUAUGGGCAGAGAUCUGGAGGGUAACAGAAACAAGCUGCAGUGCAAGACGGGGCAGUUUGUGAGGAAAGAUAUGUGGGUUUUACUGGAUCUUGCCUUUUUAAGAGAAUUAUUUUCUGCUGGCAGAAAAUGUAUUUUUUUAAAUGAAAGCUGUUUACUUUUUUAAGCCUGUACAUAGAUGAAACAUUACGGUUAUCACCUCCUGUCAAAGUUACUGUCUUUGCAGCACUGUGGUAAAUUUAAAACCCAAUGUGACAAUCCGAUUGAAGACUGCAAGAUUUCCUUGUGUAAUCUCACGCUAGCUGCUAGCUAAACUAGUCUUAGCAAAAGCUGGCAAAUACUGUCGCUGUGUUUGUCUGUUUUUUUAAAGAACCUCUGCAGCAUUGUAAGGCUUUGUGAUUACUCACAAUAUAAUAAAGUAAUUUGGAGGAGAAUAAA